CAGCAGAGAAGACCUUAAAAAGUGCAGAAAUAUGAAGACCGCAGUCUGGUUGUUGUGCCUUAUUGGCUUGGCCUUGGCUGGCAAACCGAACUCUGAUCGUAAUCGUGGGAAGCACUUACACUUCUCCAGCUCUGAGGAGAACCAGAUGUGGCCACGUAUUCCUUCACUAAACGGCCUGACCCCGGAUCAGAUUCUUCAGCUGUUGCAGACUUACUUAGGUCUUGGACCUACUCCAACUCCAACUCCAACUCCAACUCCGACUUCGACUCCGACAACAGCAGCAACAGCUCCACCUGCUGGACGCUAAAUUGUGCUUCUCCUGCUCUGGAUUUUUUCCGAAAAUGUUUGCUUUUAGUUUAGUGUAGUAUGAUUUCUGUUAAAUGCAUAGGAUUAAUUAAAGCAUGUAAUUAUCCAAAUGUUCCCAGCUGAUAUCAUAACCAAAUAUAUAUGUUUAGGUUCUUGAUAACUGGACAGAAGCUUAAGUAAAACAUGUUAA